CACGAUUCUGCUUCAACUUUGGGCGGUAAUGGAUAGUUAUGACGAUGUUCGCAUUAUAAUGGACAGCUUAGAUAACAGUGGAAAACCGUCAUCAUUAGAGCGUUUUUCUUCGGAUUUGCUUCAUCAAGCUUCAGACCAGGUGAUCGCAGGUGACCUACAUAAUAAUUAUAUUCGUAAACCCAAAAAGAAAAGUUUAGAAGAAGAUCCCCUUCAACUUUGUGAAAUUUCCUUUGAUGCAAAUAGUUGGAGUAUUUAUAAAGUGCCCAGUCCACUACGUGAAGUAAAUGAGAAAGCCUAUGAACCAAAUGUAAUCUCAAUUGGUCCCUAUCACCAUGGUAAGGAACAUUUGAAGACAAUGGAAGUUAUCAAAAGGAAUUGCUUCGGUAGGAUGAUUAAACAGAGCAAGGCUGAAGCGCAAAAGUUUGUAUCAGCCAUUAAAACCAUAGAAAAAGGAGUUCGCAAAUUCUAUGAACAACCUUUAGAUCGCUUUGACUCUGACACAUUUGUAGAAAUGAUGGUGCUUGAUGGAUGCUUUAUUGUUCUGCUAUUUCAAAAGAAUGAUUAUCUAGUUAAGAAUCUUCGUAGACUGAAGAAGGGGACUCGCAUGGAGAUAUUUUAUGAUUUGUUACUACUCGAAAAUCAGCUUCCUUUCUUUGUGCUUUUAAAGUUGUAUGGCAUGAUCAAGAUGUCAAAUGUUGAAAUAGAUGAAUUUCCUACAUUGGUUUUUUCUCUCUAUUCAAAAGAUCUGUUACCAGGACCAGAGAUAUGUCUUCCUAAAAAGUUUCCCGAACCCAAAAAUAUCAAGCAUCUACUAGGCUUCGUACAUAGUUGUUGGCUUCCUUCAGGUAGAAAACGCCAUUUUAAAGAAGCAGAAGCAAAAGCAAAUGCAAAAGCAAAAGCAAAAGCAGAAGCAAAAGAACCAAUAGCCCAACGCUUACGGACCUUCAUAUGCUGUGGAAGAGAGCAGGAGGAAGAAGGAAGCAAACGCUCAUGGAAAUUCAUAAGAUGUGCAACAGAGCUGGAAGAGGCAGGAAUCAACUUCGUAAAUAAAGGUAAGGAGUUGCAAUAUAAGGAGUGGAAGCAUAAGAAAGGAGAGGAGGUGCAAGGCAAAAAAGGAAAAGCGAGCUUGUUCGAAGUAGACUUUACCGAUGAUGGGACACUGAAGAUUCCAACCUUAAGAGUUGAAGAUAAUACAGAGCGUAUCUUGCGUAAUUUCUUGGCCUACGAACAAUUCCUCCGAGGUUCGAAAUCAACUUAUUACAUUGGUGAUUAUGUGACGCUUAUGGAUAGUCUCAUCAACUCAGGCAAGGAUGUGCAAUUACUGUGUAACCGAGAAAUUGUUGUUAAUUCGUUAGGCGAUGAUGAAGUAGUUGCCCAAAUGUUUAACAAACUCGGCGACUUUAUUUACCCUUCGGAUGACUUUAAUAACUUCUAUUAUGCCGAUAUAUUUGAGAAGGUUGACAAGCACUGCAAGAAAAGGAGAAACAUAUGGAAGGCAAAAUUGAAGCAAGAUUAUUUUAACUCUCCCUGGUCGUUCAUUUCAGUCGUCGCUGCUGUUGUCCUGCUCCUACUUACCAUGGUACAAACUGUAUUUUCAGCUUUAUCCUAUGUUCAUCCGCAGUAAGUGCAAUGUUUCUUUGCAUUAUCUAUUGGAGGCAGGCUAGCAGGAAGUGCAGCUAAGUCUAUCAAGUAGCAGUACUAUAAACUAAAAGUUUAUGCCAUUUCUUAUGAUUAAUGUUUGUGAUUAGUUAUUUAUCAAGUGUAAUGCUUCUCGUAUUUUGAUCCAUGCCAUAAUAACAAAAUAAGUACUUGUGUUUAAUUUUUCUUGUCACUUUUUGGUAUUUAAGAUUGUUAACUCAUAAACAAUUACCUUCACAAAUAUGGUGUGAUUA